AUGUACCAACUGAAGUUUGUUAGGAAUCCGAGGAUCACACAAUUCAAAGCGUAUUUGCGUCAUCCACUGAAAAACCGCAAAAAUGUUUGUUUCAGUCAUCCAUGGCUCACAAAGUUUCAACGAAAUUAUAUUAGCGCUCAUUUCACCGUCAAUCUCGAUAUGUUCGUCAGUGUAAUCCUUCAACAUUUUCCGAGCCCUCUAUACAAUUUUGACCCGUACUACGCCUGCCCAGAAGAUUCGAGUGAAAGUUUCUACUAUGACGACGACUUUCCUAAAUCUUAUCCGACACCACCACUCAAUGCAAUGACACCUCGACGCAUAGAGUUUCACCCAGAAUAUGUGAACGGAUAUUUCGAUGCCCAAUUUGUUUAUCGUCCAUUUGACAUAUAA